AGUUCAGUUUCGCCGCGCUCUCUGUUGUUGUUAUGUCGGUGUGCUGCCUUAAUACAAACGGUUAGACACGUUUCUAAGAGAAAAAAUUAGUUUUUGAAUCAGUUCAGUAAAAUACCUGUAAUAUUCUCAUCCUAACAAUCGUGACUGAGUUUUGAAGCGACCAAGAAUAUCUGGAGGAGUUUAUCAUCUGAACUGAGAUCUGCUGCUGUGAAGAUGCAGAUAGUGAAAGAAGAGAGAGAAGAGAACACGAGUGAACCAGACACCAGCACAAUUAAACACGAGGAACCAGAAAUAAAACACGAGGAACCAGAAAUGCUGAGAAUAAAACACGAAGAUCCAGGAACCUGGAGAAUAAAACAAGAGGAAACAGAAACCUGCAAAAUAAAACACGAGGAAAAAGAAUCCUUGAGAAUAAAACACGAGGAACCAGAAAUAAAACACGAGGAACAAGGAGAGUUCAUUGAAGAAAAAGAGGAAAAUGAAGAAUCAAGUCCUCAAGAGAAGCAGAACGCAUGUGAUCAGUGCGAUAAAAUGUUUUUAUGGGCUUCACUUCUGAAGAAACACUUGAAAGUUCAUGCAAAGAAGAAACCACAUUUAUGCCAUUUGUGUGGUAAAAGUUUUUUGCAUGUACAAAGUUUAAAAGAACAUCAGAAAAUACAUACUGAUGUGAGAGAGUACGUGUGCUCUGAGUGUGAGAAGACUUUUAGUUCAGCAAGCAGUUUAAAACUGCACAAGAGGAUUCACACUGGAGAGAAACCUUACAAGUGUUCACACUGUGACAAGAGAUUCAGUCAAUCAUCAACUCUGAAAACACAUGAGAGGAUCCACACUGGAGAGAAACCUUAUAAGUGUUUACACUGUGACAAGAGAUUAAGUCGGUUAACACAUCUGAAAACACAUGAGAGGAUCCACACUGGAGAGAAACCUUACAAGUGUUCACACUGUGACAAGAGAUUCCGUGUUAUAUCGAAUCUGAAAACACAUGAGAGGAUCCACACUGGAGAGAAACCUUACAAGUGUUCACACUGUGACAGGAGAUUCGGUGUUUCAUCAAGUCUAAAAAAACAUGAGAGGAUUCACACUGGAGAGAAACCUUAUAAGUGUUCACGCUGUGACAAGAGAUUCAGUGUUAUAUCAAGUCUGAAAACACACGAGAGGAUCCACACUGGAGAGAAACCUUACAAGUGUUCACACUGUGACAAGAGAUUCUGUCAGUUAUCAAGUCUCAAUACACAUGAGAGGAUCCACACUAGAGAGAAACCUUACAAGUGUUCACAAUGUGACAGGAGAUUCAGUAAAUCAUCAAGUCUCAAAACACAUGAGAGGAUCCACACUGGAGAGAAACCUUACAAGUGUUCACACUGUGACAAGAGAUUCAGUCGGUUAUCAAAUUUCAAAACACAUGAGAGAUUUCACACUGGAUAGAAAGCACAUCACCGCAAUGUACGUGGGAAGCGUACAUUGGCCCGUACACGCGGAGACGCAUUUAGAUGUUUAUGUAAAUAUUUUGUUAGGUAUAUGUGUUUCGUCCAGACGGAUCCAGCAUUUUGGGAGAAUGAAUUCACUAUUUCUUUGGGUCCCAGAGUGGAUAAAUCUGAAAAUGACACCUUUGGGUCUUUGUGUUCUGCCAAUCCAUAUAUUUUGUGAAACGAUGUCAUCACCCCACUUCUCUACUAUUGUCAGACACCGCUACAUCAUGUAACACCAACAACAGUGGAGAACUACAUGUUUGUGUUCAUGCUGCAGAAACUACUGAGCCUGAUAUUGGAAAAAAAAACUCACAUUGUCAUUAUUUGUUUUAACGAUGUAUAUUGCAAUAUGGAAAAAAAAAUAAACAGAUGACUUGAACUGC